AUGGUCACGAACCAAGCUGUCUACCUGGCCACGCUCGCGGAGCAGGCGGAGCGCUAUGAGGAUAUGGCUGAGAACAUGAUAAGCGUUGCAUCUGAGGACCGCGAACUUAGUGUUGAAGAGCGUAACCUUCUGUCUGUAGCCUACAAGAAUAUGGUUGGCCCUCGCCGUGCUGCCUGGAGAAUAGUCGUUUCGAUUGAGCAGAAUGAGGUGAUCCAGGGCAAAUAUUCUGGGAUUACUCUCAUCCAGGAGUACCGCCGUAAGAUAGAAAACGAGCUCACCAUGGUCUGCAAGGGCAUUCUUGAUACUAUUCAUAUACACCUGAUCCCCUCUGCUAAGUCUGUCGAGGCCAAAGCUUUUUUCUACAAGAUGAGUGGUGACUACCAUAAGUAUCUUACCGAAUUUGCUACCGGACUCCGCCGCAAGGACUCCGCCCAGAAGUCGCUCGAGGCCUACGAAGCCGCUACCGAGGUUGCCCAAGCUGAUCUGCACCCUACUCACCCUAUCCGCCUAGGCCUUGCUCUCAACUUCUCCGUGUUCUACUACGAGACUCUCAAUGCCCCCGACAGGGCUUGUCAUCUUGCCAAAAAGGCGUUUGACGAUGCGAUAGCUGAGCUCGACUCUCUUAGUGAAGAGAGCUACAAGGACUCAACAGUCAUUAUGCAGCUUCUACGGGACAACCUUACCCUGUGGACCUCGCCUGAGGAGUCAAGUAUUUCUAAGUAA